AUGUUCCAUCACUUUGGUGUCAACACCUUCACAGACUCAGAAUGGGGCACAGGAAAAGAAAAUCCGGCCAUCUUCAUACCCACUGGCCUCAAUGCGAACCAGUGGGUCGACACUGCUGUCCAGGCCGGUGUUUCUCUUACGAUACUCACCGCAAAACACCAUGAUGGCUUUUGCUUGUGGCCUUCCAAAUACACAGACCACUCAGUGAUAGGAAGUCCCUGGAAAAAUGGCCAUGGGGACGUAGUUCAGGAGCUUGUCAAUGCGGCGAAGGCUCGUGGCGUUGACAUCGGUUUGUAUCUCUCGCCUUGGGAUCGCCAUGAUCGUCGGUAUGGUCGGAAUAAGGAGUACAAUGAAUAUUACUUAGCCCAAUUGCAAGAGUUACUCAACAACUAUGGAAGCGUAAGAGAAAUAUGGUUUGAUGGAGCAAAGGGUUCAAAUGCACCAAACAUGUCCUACUACUUUAACGACUGGUUUUCAAUGGUGAACGAAUUACAAAGCACCAUUAAUAUUUUCUCCGAUGCCGGACCGGGUGUUAGGUGGGUCGGAAAUGAAAACGGAUUUGCUGGGAGCACAUGCUGGUCCACAAUUAAUCGAACAUCGUUGUCAAUCGGAAAUGGAAGCAUAGUUGAUUAUCUUAAUACUGGCGACCCGAGAGGGACUGAUUGGCUGCCGGCAGAAUGCGACGUUUCAAUCCGAACAGGAUGGUUUUGGCAUAAAUCACAAUCACCCAAAAAGCUCUCUAAGCUACUUGAAAUCUACUACAAUUCCGUGGGAAGAAAUUGUGUGUUGCUUCUUAAUGUACCACCAAAUACAACCGGCCUGAUAUCAGAAACUGACGUCCACCGACUGAAAGAAUUUAAGGGUGCAAUUGACACCAUUUUUUCCACCAACUUGGCUGAAAAAUGUUCCAUCAAAGCAAGUAGCCAAAGAGGAGGUAAAAAUGGUGGUUUCGGACCCAAAAAUGUGAUAGAUAAUGACCAUUUAUGGACAUAUUGGGCUCCGAAUGAUGAAGAUAAAGAAGAUCAUUGGAUUGAAUUGAGGGCAACGAAUGAAAAGUUGAAAUUCAAUGUGGUAAGGAUUCAAGAGGCGAUCGGGCUAGGUCAAAGGAUCAAACGGCAUGAAAUUUACGUGGACGGGGCCCGGGUGGCUAGUGGGACCACGGUAGGGUACAAGAAGCUUCACAGGCUUGAGAAGGGAGUUUUGCAUGGGUAUAGUGUGAAGAUCAAAAUCAUGGGAUCAAAGGGAAUACCUUUAAUUUCUUCUGUUGGUCUCCAUUUUGAUCCCUUUUGGCACCCAAAUGAGCAAGUGGCCUAA